UUUACCCUUAAUAUCUUUCGUCUCUUUAAACGGUCACUGGGUUCAACGAAUCCGAUAAGUUUUUACAAAUUCGCUCUUCGAUGGCCGCGUGCGACAUGCCAUUUUCGUAAUAUGCACUGCCCGAAUCCUCUCCCGUCGCCUUACAAUAACAUGUUCACCAUCCAUGGUUUAUGGCCACAAGAUGCCAACGACGAUGAAAUAGACCCGUAUUCUUCCAAUCCGAAUUGUGCCGGCGGGGUGAUUCCCACGCCUCCUCAGGAUCUCCCGACAUAUUUAGAAUCAACCCCGAUCUAUCCACUCUUAGAUGUUCAAUGGCCGGACUUGAAUAACCCUAAUAACAAUGCUUCAAACUAUAUAUUUUGGGAGGAUGAAUGGUCAAAGCAUGGUCAAUGUUCUGAUUACCCAGCCAACCCUUAUAAUUACUUCGACUCUGCCGUACGACUUAGGCAUACCUUAACUCCAGAUUUCGGAUUUAAAAGCGGACAACGGUGGAAGUUAGACCAAAUUAUAUCUAAAAUUUCGGAUCAGAUAAAGUACAUGCCUGAAAUUGCUUGCAACAAAAACCCUAAAACUGGAAAUUUACAGUUGUGGGAGAUUCGUUUGUGUUUUAAAAGGCCUAAGGACAUGCAAAACUGUCCUAAUCCAACUGGUAAACCUGGAACCCUGUGUUAUAAUAAGUACCAGUCUCCUAUAUUUGUUCUCUAG